GUGAUGGGUUGCGGAGAGGCGGGGCGGCUCGACCGCCUGAGAAGUGGCUGCUUCGCCCGAGAGAGCCAUGGGUCAGGCAACCAAGGUUUUACAGCUCUUUAAAACAUUGCACAGAACCAGACAACAAGUUUUUAAAAAUGAUGCCAGAGCAUUAGAAGCAGCCAGAAUAAAGAUAAAUGAAGAAUUCAAAAGUAAUAAAAGCGAGACUUCGCCUAAGAAAAUAGAAGAGCUUAUGAAAAUAGGUUCUGAUGUUGAAUUGCUACUCAGGACAUCAGUUGUACAAGGUAUUCACACAGACCACAAUACACUGAAGUGUAGAUGUGAUGUGACAGCAGCAGUGAAGACAAAACCAUACAUGUGGGAUAGCAGAAUAAAAAAGAACCAGGGUCCUUGGUGA